AUGGCAUCCUCCGCCCGUCUAAGACGGACCUUUCAAUACCCCAACGACUCCGAUUCAGACUCUCCCGAAGCCAUGGACGAGCAAGAACAAGACUCCCUCAUCCAAACCCUCGUCUCCCAAAACGCCUCCCAAAACGAACUCCUCGCCCGCACCCUCCUCGCCCUCCCGCUCCUCUCCCUCAUCGCCUACGUCCGCCCGCUGCUCAACCCCGCCACCACUUCCUUUGCCAUCUUCUGCACAACGUCCCUCCUCGCGACCGCCUUUCUGCUCUACCGCCUGCCGCCCGCGCAGACGGGCAUUCCUGUAAUCGACGCCUGGGCCAGCGGUACUGGUGGCGCUGGAGGAAGAAGAAGCGCUGGCGGAUCGUCUGCUACGAGCAGCCUUGUCGGUGGACUGCGGUCGUCGCGUAACUCACUCGGUGGGCUUCUUGGUCGUGGGGGUAUCGAUACACGAUCUCCCUUGGAAAAAACGUUGCCUUAUUUGAACCUGGGUCUAGUCACUUUAUUGAUACUCAUGGGAUUGGUGAGGGGAGAUGAGAGGGGCGGUGGGUUUGGCUGGGUCAGCAUGGGCAAUAUUCCUGGUCUUGUCUAUUCUGUCGUCCUGACGGCCAAGGUUGUCAUGGCCGGCGUGGACCCUGAGAGAGAUUUAGGGAGUCUCAGGUACGGGUAUAAGGGUGCUUGA